UUCCUCCCCCAGUCCAAAGACAUGCAUGGUAGGCUGUUUGGCAUGUCCAAAGUGUCCGUAGUGUAUGAAUAGGUGUGUGAAUGUGUAUGUGAUUGGCACCCUGUCCAGGGUGUACCCCACCUUGUGCCCGAUGCUCCCUGGGAUAGGCUCCAGGUUCCCCGUGACCCUGUAGGAUAAGCGGUAUAGAAAAUGGAUGGAUGGAUGGAUGGAUGGAUAUAUACUAAUUAGUAAUAACUUUGAUAGUAAUUCAUAGUGAGCUCCAUCACUGUAAUGUGAAUAAAUAGGCUAAAUUAAUGACAGACCCUUUGCGUCAGGGAGGCUAUUUUGAAAGCCAUGGCUUUAUUUACCACAAACAAUGCAUUGCAAUAUUAUAAUACAUACAGUGCGGUAUUAAUGAUGCUUAUGUGUAUAAGACUGUGUCAUAGACUUUUAUUGGGCGUGAUCCCGGUGAAAUAACACGGUUGGAUUCUUAGGUUCUGCUUUUGCGUUAGAUGGUUGAUGUGACAUAAAUCCGAUUUCCCCCAAUUUCAUUUGUUUUGUUUGCCAUUGGGCCAGAAUGAUGUCAUCUACUUGGAUACCCCGCCUUCGCGCGCACACAUGCGCAGGCACACACACACACACAGACACGCGCGCGCACGCGCGCACGCACGUUGCACAAGAUGCGCGACUCCAGUGCAAUUGUGCUGUGAGCUCACACAAUCGACCGCGGUGACUGCAUGCUUUUAUGCUGUGCAUAAACAGCCUAUCCUGCAUGUGCGAACUGUAACUGAGAGAUCUGCAUAAACAUAGCUACUGCGUGGUUGUUUUUAGAUCAUAAAAGCACGCAGAUUUAGAUACGGCUAUGUAAGCAUGCAUGCAUCGGAGCGGAAUUAUCACUAGAGAAGAAGCACGAGCGUCAAUGAGAAAUAAUGACAAUACAGCGGACGUAGGUUACCAGUAAUCUCUGCCUAGCCCCAGAUGCCUCCCCUCCCACUUGACGAGCGCAUUGUGGUAAUUCAGCGGCCUAAAAGCCUGGGCUUGUGCGUGGCCUCACCACCAGCCACCUCUCAGUCUUCCUCACGUCUUACCACCCGCAACGAGCCCACACCCCGCUUACCACACACCCAACUUCCUCCAUCCCAUCCCCAUUUACCUUCUAACACUUUGUCACUGGAAUGCAGGCACAGGCCCUUACUCCAUGGGCAAAGAGCCAAGGGCGAGAGAGGCGGCAGUACAGAGGACAGCAGCUGGAUCCCUAGUCACUGUCACAGCAAUGGGACUGUGACUCUGGGUCCCAGACCUUACACGCACACUCAUACCAUUGACAUUAAAGUAUCAGUGGACAAAGGAGGGACACAUUCAGACACAAGGUGCAGUAGCAGCUUGACUCGAGGUGAAAGUGGCAGAGAGAGCAGAGGCCAGUGGGUGUCUUCACACUUAGCUCCAGGGCAAAGUGACAGAAAAUUCAGAGGAAAGUCUUCAGACACCACUGAGAGGCACCAGAUCAAGGCACAGUAUAAUAACCACUAUCAGAACAACCUCACAGUGUCACCCGGUGGGGUGUUGGAAUUUGUUCCAGCCCAAAGACAACAAUCUAAAUCUAGGUGGACAAAAGAGGAAGAGUUGUUAUCAAAUCCACGUUUUGCAGCUGCCAACUACAGGGACGUGCCUUCUGUUGGUAACAAAGAAAACUCCAAACUGGGUACUGUCCAUCAGCCUCCCAAGCCACACAGUCUAUCCCAUCACCUUAGCUCUACCCAAUCAGCCCAUACCUCCAUUCUAAACACCCACUAUCAGGUGACCCCAAACUCUGUCCCCUUCUGGGCCCCAUCUUCCUUCCCUCAAGUCAGUCAAACCCGGUCCUCACGUAUCAGAGAAACACACCCCCAGAUCCUCCAAAGCUUGCCACUAUCUCCAACGUCUUCUUGUGACGGCUUCCCUAGCCCAGAUCACACUUGCACUAUUGACUUUUCUCGUCCAUUCAACUGUGACUGUUGGAGGCUGGUAUGCUGUAGAGGAGGGAGAACCCGCUCAGCUGGCUGCAAAGGAGGUACUGGAAGCCCAUCUUCUUCAUUUUCCCGAGGCCAAAGAGCAAGUUCAAACAACACAGGUGACGGUGCCAUGGGAUUGAAGAAAUUAGGAGGGUGUCUGUCCACGGCUUCAACCACAAACACCUCUUCAUCCAACAGCACUGUGUCAGAGUGCCGGACGGGCCUUCUAAGGCCCCUGGGCUGUGCAUCCUGUUCAGGGGAAAGUGGAGGUUUUGAUAGUCCUGCUGCCUUGCGCAAAAAAUUGGUUGGUGGUUGUCUACCCUGUGCCCCAUUCUCCCCAUCUGCUCCUUUGCGCGCACUGCAAAGUUGUGUCAGUGGCUGCAACCCCAAAGCAAGCCAGGCAGGUAGCUCUUGUAGUUACUGCAGUAGUGAUCCUAUAGUAGUGACUUUUAACCCUCACAGAGGGAAGCCUCCUGGAUUUUCCCAUAAUGCUGGGGUAUAUACCAUGGGAGGGCACCAACACGAUGACGAUGAUUACAGCGUGCGCACAAUUUGGCCUGAUGAACUUGCAAAAAAGAUGACUCACUCUAAAACCCAACCUAACCAUCAUAAUGUAGGGAUGAGGAUGGGAACAGGAAACUCUUAUAUGGGCCAUGACCAGAGUACCAGUAAUGGAACCAGUCCAGUCAUUCUAGAUUGCCGUAAUCUUCUAGAUUUUACCCGCUCCCAACUGACUGACCAUGCAGGACGACGGAGACUCCAGCAAGGCAAGAUGGCAGUUUUGGACUUCAUGGGGUCAGGACACAGGAGAGACCCAGGCCAAGACUCUCUGAAAAGGCUCUUUAACAAGGAAGGUGAUGCUGGAAUGGGAAAUGAUGAUGGUCUAGAUGAUAUGUUUCCAAGGUCCCCUUCCCAUCACUCUCUCACUCCUGAGUCUUCACCCUCCUUCUCCCCUCCACCAUCAGCCCCUGGCAGCCUGAUCAAGCCCAAACCAAGAGGAAGAGAUUGGGAGGGUGGGCACUCCUUACCAUCUGCUCAGUCACUCCAUUUGGUUCUUAACUCAUUCAAUAGAGAGCAAGAAGAGGAGAAGAGGAGAGUGCACCUCUCCCUUCCGCUCUCAUCCUCCCUCCCUGCAUCUCUAUCGGAUGAGAGUGUAAUGACUCCAGAUGUGGAGAACGCGGUAAUUAGCCCCAUUCUACCUUUCCUUUUCUUGGGGAAUGAAAGAGAUGCUCAGGACCUGGACCUGCUGCUGCGACUGAACAUCAGUUAUGUGGUUAAUGUCACCACCCAUCUGCCCCUCUAUCACCUGGACACGGGUCUGGUACGCUACAAGCGUCUACCUGCUACUGACAACAGCAAACAGAAUCUCAGACAAUAUUUUGAGGAGGUCUUUGAGUUUAUAGAGGAGGCUCAUCAGAGUGGCCGAGGUGUGUUGAUUCACUGCCAAGCAGGCGUGUCUCGUUCAGCAACUAUCGUGAUUGCUUACUUGAUGAAGCACACCCUCAUGACCAUGACUGACGCUUAUAAAUAUGUGCGGAGUCGCAGACCAGUGGUGUCUCCCAACCUCAACUUCAUGGGACAGCUACUGGAAUUCGAGCGAGAUCUCAACUCUGGUGUUACACCUCGAAUCUUAACUCCCAAGCUGAGUGGCCUGGAAACACAAGUCUAAAAGAUCUAGAACAAUAGAUUUUUCUAAAAAAAGGGAAGUAAUAGAAAGAAAUGAAGUAGGCAAAGAAAGCAUGGGUUUACAACAUGCUUAUUGGGGACAUUUAAAAAAAAAAAGCUUGA